AUGAACCUCGUGGAUAACAUACACAAAGUCUUGUUGAAUGAGGCGCAACCUCCUUCUCAGUCAUUCCUUGGACAAUUGUCCGUGCCCUUCCAUCAAAUCCUGCUCCAGGUCAUCUACUUCCGUGCGCAUUGCCGUUUCUGGCUUGUGGAUGCAACACUUCCAUUAGGAAUUGAUGCUCUCCGCCUUACAUUUGACUCUGCCCGUACACAGCUUGAUCUCGAUCUUGAGCGGGAUAUGGAGCUACUGUUUGCAGUCUUCGACCAAUGCACGCGUCCUGAUAUCAACGUCUCGUCUGUAACAUGGCUGACUCGAUGCCAGGACCCGGAUGUCAUCAAAUCAAGCUUGGAGUCACUCACUCGACAGAUGUGA